UUGAUCACAAGAUCACAAGCUGGAAAGCAUUCAUCUGGCUUCUAGAAAUAAAUACAUCUAGCUCAAUGCUUUCCACAACUUUAUUGUUUUAAUGAUAGACUGAAGGAGCUGAAACAGCCAUUUUAAAUCUUUUAAUUCUUGCAGCUUUAGUAUUUGUAGCCAUUUUUUUCACAUCAUAGUAUCAUACAGUAAUUAUAUUGAUUUUAAUUCUGGGGGGGCAGUUUUAGCGUGAUUUUUCUUCCCAUUAUUAAUUCUUUAUUUUUCCCCACAAGAUUUCAUGAAACUAUGGUAAUCUUGCAAUUCAGAUUUUUAUUAGUUUCAUUUUUCACAAGUAUCGUGGGAGAGGCCCAAUAUGUAAUGCAAGAUGAAGUACUAAUGCAUUACAUCAACCGGCGUUUUCUAUCUUUAGAGAGCAGGCUGGAAAAAUGCAACCAAGAUAUACUGGCUUAUGUACAAGAAUUCCAUGACUUUUCAAGGAGGAUGGUAUCGCGCUUGGAGGGGCUGAAAAUUUAUAAGGCUGAGUUUAAAAAUGAAGUGGAGCAUUUGCUAACAAGAGUUGAAAGAGCACAAAGGGACAUUGACUAUUUUCAAUCAACAAGAGAAUCUACUGCCUGUGUAGAAGUAGAUGAAGACAUGGUGGAAAAGCAGCUAAAUGAAGACGCAGAAGAAAAAAGGAAAGUCAAGCUCAUGCUUAAUGCAAGCUGUGACAACAUGCUUGCAGGUAUCAAGUCCAUAAAGAUAGUUAAGAAGACUGGAGAUAUGCACGGCUCUUGGAUGACAGAUCCAGGCAAAGACCAUAUGAAGAUUUAUUUCUUAAGUGGAUCCAAGAAUAAUGUUAUUUUGGAAUUUGCAAAUAUUCGGGCAUUCACGGAAAGGAAUCAUAAGCUAACACCACGGAGAGUUAACCUGCCAUCUUCCUGGCAGGGAACUGGCCAUGUUAUGUAUAAUGGUUUCCUGUUUUAUCACAGAUAUGGCUCCUUAAAUGAGAUAGUUAAAUAUAACAUCCAGAGAAGAAAGGUAACUGAUAGAAUGCUCCUGCCGGGUGCUGGACAGAUUUCUGCCUAUGAACUAUUUCCUGAUACUAAAAUAGAUCUUGCUAUCGAUGAACAAGGGCUGUGGACAAUCCAUGCAGAGCCAGACACGAGUGGAAACCUUGUCAUCACUAAAAUCAACCAUAUGACUAUGACUGUAGAGCAUACUUGGGACACAUCAUGCAAUAGCAAGAAUGCUGAAGCAGCUUUUCUGAUGUGUGGCACCCUCUAUGUUGUGUACAACUCUCCUAGUGGAGGCACAUCUCGGAUCGAAUGUGUGUACGAUGUCUUAGACACUAUAAAUACGUAUGAAAUCCCCGUUUUACCUUUCCCCAAACGUCAGAGUAGCCAUUCUAUGAUACAUUAUAACCCCAAAGAAAAGCAGCUAUUUGCCUGGGCUAAUGGAUCCCAGAUCCUUUACAAACUUCAAACAAAGCAAAAAGUUUAAGAUCUUCAGGAACUUUUGAAAGAUGAAUACUAAAAUAAGCUUAAGGUCAAUGACCGAAGUUCUCUUCUCAGUUACCAUCAUGGAAUAUUCCCCUGGCUUUUCCAUUUGCUCACUGUUAGAUGCUUUAUAUAUAUAUAAAUAUAUAUUUUCCCCCGAAUUAAGGUUUUUCCCCGAAUUAAGGUUCAUAUGCUCACUUCUGCCUGGGCCCAAUCUCACACCCAUUAAAGACAAUGGAAAGACUCCCAUUGAUUUGAAAAAGAAUGGUAUCAGGCUUCAUAUACAUGCAGCAGGUAUCAGUGUUACAGUAUUUAAAUGAUAAGUGAGUGGCAUUAUGUCUCCCCACAGCCACUCCAGCCACUCGCAACCUGCCAGCUGCAGGUCAGAGUUCCAGCAAGCAUGCCUCCUGCAGCAGAUAUGUUGUAUAGGGUGGCACCAUGCUGGGGCCCGGGCAGCAAUUGGGAGCUGAAACACCUCCUCUCUACUACGCCGAUUGCCCCCAGUUGGAUGAAUUUGGAAGGAAACUUCCACACGUUCAAACUCACAGAGAGAAAUUCUCUUCUACUGUAAAUUGACACGGUUCUAUUAAGAAGUCAGUGAAAUUGUGUCAGUUUACACCAUCAGGGAAUUUGACCCAAGGGUUUUCACUCCCAUACAUGGUUUAAUCCCAUUCAAUGCAACAUCAGGCUCUGUACGAAACACAUAUUUGAGCAAAAUCCUUAUAUUCACCUCAGUCAGUUUAUUAUAAGUAAUGAGUAAGGCCUAAAGGAUUUGCCCCAUACUAAAUACUCCCAAGGUCAUCCCAUUAAUUUUUUUUCAAGUGAGUGUAGGGCCUUGAUUCAGCAUAGCUCCUAAGCACAUUUUAACUUUAAGCACCUGCUCAGGCCCAUCAAUGCACUUAUGCACCACUUAAGUCUCACUGACUUCAAUUGACCUUUAAGCACAUGCUCAAAGUUAAGCCUGGGCUUAAGUGCACUGCUGAACUGGGGCCUUUGUAUUUGUGACAGGUACAGAUAGACAGCACUGAACAAGAAUAUCCAAAGUUGUAAAAAUAAAUAUUGAAAAACAACGAAGAGUUUUGAGAGAGAUACAAAUCCUAUGCCUCAGGGCAUAAAGCAACCUCUACUACUGGGGCUUAGAUGGAAAUUUCAUCUGGAGGCACGUUAUCUCAAUUUGCCCAAUUCAAGGCUUUUUACGCCUUCGUUGGAAGGAUCCAGUACCGACUGCUAUCAGAGAGGAGUUGCUGGAUUAGAUGGACCAUUCAUCUGAUCCAAUGUGGCAGUUCCUAGAUUAAUUUCAAAUGUACCUGUAUGUAUUUUCACAUCCAGAUUUAAUUGGUAAUGAUGAAAAAUUGUUACCCAUUAUGAGUACUGACUCCAAAACUGCUAUUACUGCCCCACAUUGACAGUCAAAGCAGAGAGAUCAGGGACUGAAUAUGUUUGGUGACUGAACUUCCCUUUCACCAAUGGAAAGCUGGGGCAGUUGCCUCAAGUUUAGGGAUGAAGUAUAUUAAUCAGUGAGACCGAUGUGGGGAAACAUGCCUUGCUACUGACCAUACUGCCUCUGUUCUGUGAGUAAACCAGAUUUAUCCAUAUAAAUGUUCAAUCCUUUUUUAAUCCUGCUAAGCUCCUGGCCUCAAUGACUUCCUGUGGCAAUGAGUUCCAGAGUCUAAAUGUGCUAUAUGUGAAGAAAUAUUUCCUUCUCUGAGUUCUGAGUUUGAUGUCUUUCAGUUUUAUUGAAUGUGCCAUUAUUCUUGUGUUAUCAGACAGAUUGAAUAAAAGUUCCCGA